CCUCCUCCUGAACCCGGGCUCUGGUCCCUCCUCUCCCGAUGCCGCGAGAGACCGGGGGCUACAGAGUAGACGGAGAAGAGCACUAGUAACAACCACCACAGCCCCCUCUCCGCCUGAAGCCCUCCCUCGUACCCACCCACUCCCCCGCCCCGUGUGCAGACACCGACCAACCCCACCUCUCGAUCCUUUGAACGGCAUCGCCUGCAGUCGCCACACCAGCCCGUCUGGCCACCAGCGCCGCCGUGAGAGGAGCCGCCGCCGCCGCCGUCGCCAGCAGCCUCCUCCCGCCCGGGCCGCCGCCGGAGCCGUGGGGUGAAGAGCCGCCCGCCGAGGAACAGGACGGGAGAGGCUCGCAGCCCCAGCUCCCGUGCACGUUCCGCCGCCCUCCGGGGAGGCUCAGGCGCCGGCCCUUCCUCCCCGAGGACGCGUGCCGAGCCCAGCGCUUGCCCCGAGGGAGGAAAAUGCUCGGGCUCCAUGGCUGCCAGUGAUGGAGCGGUCCCUGGGCUCCCGCUGCCACCGCCGCCGCCGCGCCCCGGCCGUGCUCCGCGAGGACCGGGCAUCUCUGCGCGCCCGCCCGUGCCUCGUCGCUGGGUUCUCCGUACCGGGCGCUCCGCCGCCGCCGCCCCGCUCGCAGCCGCGCCGCUCCGACCCCAGCAGCGGUCAGCGUUUCCUCCCGGAGCAGCCGCCGCGAGCCCAGGGGGUUUGAGAGGCUCGCCCUCGAAAGCAGCAGCGGCCGGUGCCUUAGGCUGAGGAGGAGGACUCGCGCCGGGAGGAGCGUCAGGUCGUUUUCCUCUCGAGCGUCUCGAAUACAAAGAUUACGGUGUAGAAGGAAAUUGCGCUCGCCUCCUCCGCCCCCCGGUACCCGACACAAUGCACCAGCCGCCUGAGUCCACCGCCGCGGCCGCCACCGCUGCAGACUUUAGUGCUAGGAAGAUGGCGCACCCGACUAUGUUCCCUCGGAGGGGCAGCGGUAGUGGCAGCGCCUCAGCGCUCAGUGCAGCAGGUACCGGUGUUGGUAGUACUGCUGCAUCUUCUGAUGAUUUUCCGCCUCCAUCGCUGCUCCAGCCGGCGAGUCCUGCAGCAUCUUCCGCGUCGGGACCACAGCCUCCGCCUCCACAAAGCCUGAACCUCGUUUCUCAGGCUCAGCUGCAGGCACAGCCCCUUGCGCCAGGCGGAACUCAGAUGAAAAAGAAAAGUGGCUUUCAGAUAACUAGCGUUACUCCGGCUCAGAUCUCUGCCAGUAUCAGCUCGAACAACAGUAUAGCAGAGGACACUGAGAGCUAUGAUGAUCUAGAUGAAUCUCACACAGAAGAUCUCUCUUCUUCGGAGAUCCUUGAUGUGUCGCUUUCCAGGGCUACUGACUUAGGGGAGCCGGAGCGCAGUUCCUCAGAAGAGACUCUGAAUAACUUUCAGGAAGCAGAGACACCUGGAGCAGUAUCUCCUAACCAGCCUCACCUUCCUCAGCCUCAUUUGCCUCACCUUCCACAGCAAAAUGUUGUGAUCAAUGGCAAUGCUCAUCCACACCACCUGCAUCAUCACCAUCAUAUGCAUCAUGGGCACCACCUUCACCAUGGGCACCACCAUCCAUCCCAUGUUGCUGUGGCCAGUGCAUCUGUUCCUGGAGGGUCACCUGCGAGCCCUGUAUCCAGAAAACUCUCUACGUCUGGAAGCUCUGAGGGUGUUAUUUCAGUAACACCAACUUCUGCUGUAUCAUCGAGUGGCUCACCUGCAUCUGUAAUGACUAGUAUCCGGGCUCCAAGUACAACAGGCAGUGUAGGUAUAAAUUCUGGUACUGGCACUAGUACAAUGAAUAAUGUUAAUGUUGCUUCUUUGAGUAGUUUCAGUCCUAAUGUGACAAGCAGCAUGCUUGGUAAUGCUAAUAUAAGUACAAGCAAUAUUCCUAGCGCUGCUACUGUAAGUGCUGGGCCUGGAGCUACCAGUAGUGUUACUGUGAAUAUCUUGAGUGGUAUGGGCAAUGGUACUGUUUCUUCCUCUGCUGUUAACAGUGUCCCUAAUGCAACUGUGGGGACGAAUGUGGGAUUGAUUUCAAGUCAGCAGCAACAACCAACAGUUAACACGUCAAGGUUCAGAGUUGUGAAAUUAGAUUCUACUUCUGAACCAUUUAAAAAAGGUAGAUGGACUUGCACUGAGUUCUAUGAAAAAGAAAAUGCUCUCUCUGCUACAGAAGGUGUGGUGACAAAUAAAGUGGUGGAGACUGUAAAACAAAACCUGACAGAAUUGACUUCUGAGAGGGAGAGCACUAGUGGGAGUUCAGUGAGCAGUAGUGUCAGCACACUGAGUCACUACACAGAGAGUGUGGGAAGUGGAGAGAUGGGAGUCCCUACUGUGGUGCAGCAGCCGCCUCCAGCUCUUCAAGGUGUGGCCCUUCAACAGAUGGAUUUCAGUAGCAGUGGUCCACAGAGUAUUUCAGCAGUUAAUAUGCCACAGAGUAUUUCUCAGUCACAGAUGUCACAAGUACACUUACAGUCUCAAGAACUAGGCUAUCAGCAAAAACAAAGUCUUCAACCAGUACCUCUGCAAGCCACUGUCAGUGCUGCAACUAAUAUCCAGCCAUCACCUAUAAAUGUGGUUGGUGUAACUUCAGCUUUAGGUCAGCAGCCUUCCAUUUCCAGUUUGGCUCAGCCCCAACUGCCGUAUUCACAGACAGCUCCUCCAGUGCAAACUCCUCUUCCGGGGGCAGCACCCCAGCAGUUACAGUAUGGACAACAGCAACCAAUGGUUUCUACACAGAUGGCCCCAGGCCAUGGUCAAUCAGUGACUCAAAAUCCUCCUUCAGAGUAUGUACAACAGCAGUCACUUCUGCAAACAGCAAUAUCCUCUGGGCAGUCCAGUUCUGCAGGAACAGGAACAUCCGUGAUUCCUGUAGCUCAGCCACAGGGGAUCCAGCUGCCAAUGCAGUCCACAGCAGUUCAAGCACAAGGGUUAUCUGGCCAGCCUGUUGGCCAGGCUCAAACAGCGAUGUCUGCUGUACCUAUUAGUGGUCAAGUUGCAACUGUUGGUCAACAAGGAAACAUACCUACUGCAGUGCAGCAGCCCUCUACCCAAGCUACACCUUCAGUUAUUCAGCAAGGUGCUCCUCCAUCUUCACAAGUAGUUCCACCUGCUCAAACUGGGCUUAUUCAUCAGGGAGUUCAAACUAGCACUUCAAGCCUUCCUCCACAAUUGGUUACUGCACCCCAGAGUACCUUGUUAACUGUGCCUCCCCAGCCACAAGGAGUAGAACCAGUAGUUCAAGUUGUUUCGCAGCAAUUGCCCGCAGUUAGUCCUUUACCCUCUGCUAGUAGUAUUCCUGUUACAAACCAGGUUAGUUCAACUGGUCCUUCUGGAAUGCCUUCUGCCCCAACAAACUUGGUUCCACCACAGAAUAUAGCACAACCCCCUGCCACUCAAAAUGGUAAUUUGGUUCAAAGUGUUAGUCAACCUCCCUUGAUAGCGACUAAUAUAAAUUUGCCAUUGGCACAACAGUUACCACUAAGUUCUACUCAGUUCUCUGCACAAUCAUUAGCUCAGGCAAUUGGAAGCCAAAUUGAAGAUGCCAGGCGCCCAGUGGAGCCCUCCUUAGUUGGCUUACCUCAGACUAUCAGUGGUGACAGUGGGGGAAUGUCAGCAGUUUCAGAUGGGAGUAGCAGCAGCCUAGCAGCCUCUGCUUCUCUUUUCCCGUUGAAGGUGCUACCGCUGACAACACCCUUGGUGGAUGGCGAGGAUGAGAGUGCUUCUCUCCUACCAGAGGUGCAAGGAGUGAUCCUAGAACCACAGAUACAGCCAAGACCACGGAGAGCUUUUGACGUCAGGGGUCCACUUUCUCCACUGAACCCUUGGAGACAGAAUAUCCAGCUUCUGGAGAGAGAGGGAAAGGAUAAUAAACAAGUGGGUGCUUUCCAUUAUUUACUUGGGUUUAUUUUUAGAUUGGAGUGUCCUUCCAUUGCCCAUUUUAUUCUAUUGGUAAACUCCAUGGGUUCAUAUAAGAACCAGGUGGGGCCACAAUCUGUUUGUUUUUCUGAGAGUGCUAACAAGUGCCCAUUCAAGAAAUCUAAAUUUUAUUUAAUUUUCUCUCCAGAUAAUUAAAGGAUGAUUUGGGGCACAUGAUUGGAUGGAUACUUGUAUAGUCCACAGAAAUUUUAAAAGAGAAUAUUUACCCAUUUUGGCCUUUAUGGUAAUAGUGGACUUCUAAGUGCUCUUACAUUCUAGUAAUUUGAAAAUUUCUGUAUUCAUCUUUUGCCAAGGUGGACAUCUGAAAUCUCUUUAAUUUAUAUAGUAGAUGUCCAGAUGUUAUCCUACCCUAUUAGUGAGAACUUUUUGGUCUUUUUCCUACCUCAAAUAUUAGGCUUUCAUAUUAGAUCUUCCAGACUAUGCAAUGAUAGUAGUAUUGUUACGGUUUUACUGUCAAAUCUAGGCUUCAUUCUUUAAUAAGUAUAAAUGAGUAUAAGUUUCAGGAUAUAAUAUCCUUGAAAGCUAUGUUUAAUAUACUCAAAAGAAGUUUUCUAGUUCCUAGGAGUAUUAUUGUGGCGAAAUAGCCUUUUGCUGGAUUUUUCCCAUGGCAUUAAGAUAGUUUUCUCUUAGUUUUUUUGAUGCCAAGGGUAGGAUUUGAUUCCAGGAAGUUCUUAUCAUCUACAAUGGGUAGGAUGUGAACUUUGGUGCUUUUGGCAAGUUUUCAUUUUUCCUUGGUGGAUUCCUUCUGUGACUCCAGGUGUCUUGAUAAUGGGAGACCGGUUUAAUUGUUCUCUAAUUGCCCAGAUUUCUUUCAACUGGUAAAACAUCAUACUUCUUCAGCAAAAGGAAUUCUUCUAGCAGAGCCUUCAUGGAUGAUAUCUGUCACACAUGCCAGCAUCUGCAGUUUGGAAGGCAGUGGUGAAUGGAUCCAUGCAAUAUGUAUAGAAGACACAAGAAUGAGCCAGCCACCUGAUCUUGUUAUUUAUAAACUUUUAAGAUUUACUAUUGGUCUGAAAAUGGAAAGGCUCAAAUAAUGAAAUAAUCUUUCCAGAUUGGAAUUUACAUGGCCAUGAAAACAUUCCUUUCUAUUCAGAAGACUGAAAUAGAGGAAGCUGGAGAGACUCCUUUCUUUUAAAGCAGCUCUCUGUAUCUGUUUCACUUAAAAGAUUUGUGGGACUGAAAAUCAGCUUAAGUAGUAGGCAGAUUUUUUAAAAAUUACUGUAGGAGAUCUAAAAAAAUAAAGUUUUUUUUUUUUUUUUUUGGUUUACCUGAUGCUGAGGGGAGCUGGUAAAUAAAGGGUGAAAUUUUUAAAUUAUUUAAGACUUUUAAGAUAUAUUCCUUUAGUUCAUCUUUUGCUGCUCUUGAACCUACCUGUAAUUGUCUAAAUCAACAAAGAUUGUAGGCUAGAAGUAGAAGAGACAUCUUUGAGACUAAGUAAUUUUAACUAUUUUCUACAUGAAAAAAAUAUCUGUUAAACUUGAAGUAUUCUUAAUGGAAAGUAUACUAAAGUUUUAAGUUGAUACUAAUAGAACAAUUAUAGGGCAAAGGCAGUUCAUAGUAUUAGCAUAGGCCUAUAGAUCGGAGUGUUGCGAACUAGUUUUAUCCCAACUGUUAGUUAAUGAUAAAACGUAGUUAUCAGAAUGUUUGUAUCUUUCUUUGGUACCUAUUAAUUGGUCAGUCCAAAACUAUUAAAGAAAUUUUUAAAAAUCACUAGGUGCUGUCAGUUUGUGAUGUCUUUUACAAAAUUGAAGAGAAAUUCUAGAAUUACUAAUAUGGAAACAGCUAAAAUUUUUGGGAGUCCAAUUUAAGAAAACACAUUUCCUAAAAUAUAACCUGCCCUUUAGUUUUUCUUUGAAACUGUUUUUUUUCCUCAUUAAGUAUAGAAAAAUUUUCAUAAAUAUUGUAUUUAAAGCUAAAUUUAAAAGAUCCAUUGGAAUUAAAAUUUCCCUUGAGCUCUGAAUUCCUAUUAAUAAUAUAACUUUGAGUUAUUUUAGUAAAUAAGAUAAUUGGUUUGCAAUCACAUCUUACUUUAAAAAAAAUAAAAACAAAAAACCCCUACGAUUUUAGAACUAGGGAAUUGAAAGUGAAAUUUGCUUAGAAAUUAAGUUAGUUGAAUUUUUUAACUGUGGUUCAGUACAAACCAUUUUAUGGCCUGUAACAUUACUAGCUCUUUGAGCUUUGAAGAUAAAGGUGAUUUAAUUUCUUAACCUCAUGCUUUAAUUAAAUUUUAGCUGUUCAUUAAAGUAUGCAAAAGAAAUGUAAGUGCAUUUCUCUCUACCUUAUGCCACUGCAAACUAUUUUAAAGUGAAACUUUUUGUAUAUUAAUGUGAACUGAUGUUUAAACUUUUAUUUCGAUGCAUUUUCUUUUCAGAUUUAAAAGAAAAUUUUGUCACAAUAUACAGCCCUAUAUUUUUCAGUGUUUAUGAAUAUUAAUACAAG